AAAAGAGAGAGAAAAAAAAAGGAAUUUCUAUUGUAGAUAGAAAAGUUCCUUGUUUUUGUCCACUGUCAUUUAAUUAUCUAUUAGUUACGGUGGUGGAGAAUGGAUGGCCAUGGAAGAGGUCUUUACCCGUAGGAAAAGCUGUGAAAUGUAUGAAAAUACAGUUCAAAGUCCCAAAUCUAUGCUGCCCUUAACAUUUUCCAAAGCCAUCCAGUGGAAUUCUGGGAUUCUGGCCCCCGAGCCAUAUGUUUUACACCCCUGGGUUAAUGCUCUUGUUAUUACUGAUGCAGUAAUUAGCCUGCAACUAUAACUACUGACUAGACUACAGCAAUGGAGCACACUGCAAAAUCUCUCUUUCUCACACACACACACACACACAUAAAUGAUGUAUGAAGUAACUACUGUUAACUGCAGUAAAAUAGAUCAUAAUAGUGGCAUAAAAUUGUCCAUUCAACUACGUUUAAGCACAGAUACUCGGGCUAUUUAAAAAGCAACCACACAGUGAAAUUAUCAGGCUACCUAUCAGUGGGCAUGUCAUUGGAACAACAGAUUUUGAUGACAUUUGCGUAAUUAUUACUCGAUAGUAUGACGCUGCUGACGUUUAAUUACAGGAAGUGGUAUAAGAGGCGAUCAGAUUACAUAAAUUUUUCAGGCCCAGACAAAAAGAGAUCUACUCGCGCUGCACUGAUAUCGCAGAUAGGGAGACGACGCGCCUCCAGACCGGCCCGUCCCAUACUGAGGAUUGUGUCCUGCCUGAUUUAAAAAAAUCGCGUUCCGAUUGGUUCAAACCAUAGGUGUGUCAGGAGGUGUGUACGCCAUGUCGCUGUCCUUCUCUACGUUAGUUCCUGCGGAGGAUCAAGAAGUUUUUGACAGCAGGGAGGGAGGCGAGCGCCUCGAGUUCUCAGCAGAUCCGAUCAGCAGGUCCAUCUGUGCACGUCGGAGCGUCCCGGGACCAAAGCGGCUGCAGCUCCUCCUCUGAUAAAACGCAGACGUCCAUUCCGGCAGCGUGGGCUUGAAAUGCUCAGGAUAGCAGACUCCGAGCUGAGUCUGGUGAGUGAGGGUUUGAGUCCCUGAUCUCCACCAUGGCAGGGGAUCACUACAGCCCUCCAUCCCCUCUGGGUGAUUCCCUCCUGAGCAGUCCACUCUGUGGAGACCUGAUGGAGGAUCUUCAUGACAUCUCCCAGUCCAUAGGAGAUGACACACUGGGGUUUGAUUUCCCAGAGUACCAGAGCACUGGUUCAGGGUCCAACAGCUCCAUCACACUGGACACCUUGACCCCAGCCUCCAGUCCAUCAUCAGGAGUGUGUGGAGCAGUGGCAGGCCAAGACGAGAGUGCCAGCACCCUCAGCCUUGAGUGCCGGGUGUGCUCUGACAAAGCUUCUGGCUUCCACUACGGGGUGCAUGCAUGUGAGGGCUGCAAGGGUUUCUUUAGGAGGACCAUCAGGCUGAAGUUGGAGUAUGAUAAGUGUGAACGUAACUGCAAAAUCCAAAAGAAGAACCGAAACAAGUGCCAGUACUGCAGAUUCCACAAGUGCCUCUCUGUGGGCAUGUCCCACAAUGCCAUCCGGUUUGGUCGUAUGCCCCAGGCAGAAAAGCUGAAGCUCAAGGAGGAAAGCAAGAUGGUUGAGAAAGAAGAGGAAAGCCCCUUGAAGCCUGACCACAAAUUUCUGGUCAGGCAGAUCCAUGAAGCCUACAUGAAGAACUUCAACAUGAACAAGGCAAAAGCACGGCUCAUACUCACUGGAAAAACUAGCAAGCCGCAGCCUUUCAUCAUUCACGACAUGGAGACGUUCCAGCUAGCAGAGAGAACCUUAGCGGUCCAUAUGAUAAACGCUGACUGUCCGGACUCUGAGAGCGGCCUCGGACGGGUGAGUCCGACUGCGAUGUGCGGGGAGCUUCGGCAGAGGGAGGCCGAAGCCAGGCUCUUCCGCUGCUGCCAGAGUACCUCGGUGGAGACAGUCACGGAACUAACGGAGUUUGCCAAGGCUGUGCCGGGUUUCCAGAAUCUAGAUUUGAAUGAUCAGGUGACGCUCUUGAAGUACGGCGUUUACGAAGCUCUCUUCACCCUCCUGGCCUCCUGCAUGAAUAAAGACGGCCUCCUGGUGGCCCGUGGCGGAGGCUUCAUCACCCGUGAGUUCCUCAAGAGCCUCCGCCGACCAUUUAGCGACAUGAUGGAGCCCAAGUUUCAGUUUGCCACGCGCUUCAACUCUUUGGAGCUGGACGACAGCGACCUGUCUCUUUUUGUGGCUGCUAUUAUCUGCUGUGGAGACCGUCCAGGCCUGGUAGACGUACCUCUAGUAGAGCAGUUGCAGGAAAGCAUUGUUCAGGCGCUGCGGCUCCACCUUCUGGCCAACCACCCAGAUGACACCUUCCUUUUCCCCAGGCUCCUGCAGAAACUGGCUGACCUCCGGGAGCUAGUCACAGAGCAUGCUCAGUUGGUGCAGGAAAUCAAGAAGACCGAGGACACUUCCCUGCACCCGCUCCUGCAAGAAAUAUACAGGGACAUGUACUGA